AUGGCAGUCACCCCUCGACGAUCGAUCUCACUUCCAAAAAGAGCCUGGUCAGCCACCGGUGUCAACGUCUAUAAGAAUGUAUCUAAGAUGAAUACAGAGAAACUCAGGGAGCACAUCGCGAAAACUUCUGUCAACUUUUAUGGCCAGUUUGCUAAACAGUUGCAAGUUGAAGCUGUCCUGAACCUGGUCGAAGGACGUAACACUUUUCUACUCGCUGGAACUGGCUACGGCAAGUCUCGGAUACCCGAGCUAUACUACAAAAUGAUCCCUGGGAAAACUCAGGCGGUCAUCUUGGUCUUGAACCCUUUAGAUUCCCUCGGCGACAAUCAGGUUCUUGAGAAGCAGCAAGCAGGAUUCUCGGCGAUCAACUUGACGAAGCUGACUUUCAACCCUGAAACCGCGGCCGACAUUCAGAAGGGUGUAUACCAAUUUGUAUACUUGAGCCCUGAGAUAUUUCUGAACAGCAAGCUAUUCGAAUCAAUUUACUUCAGUACGGAGUUCCAGAACCGCCUGGCCUUGGUAGUGGUUGACGAGGCUCAUAUGAUUUACAUAUGGGGCCUUGUUGAGAGCUCAACCGCUAAGCAUUUGACAUCGGCCCACUUUCGACAUGAAGACUACGGUAUCUUCCGUCCAUCUUACGCAACGUGUCGACCUGUUGCUGUUGAUGCUAUCUUGAAUAGUCUGAAACUUAACGACCAAAGUGUGGACAUGCUACGCGGCGAGUUGACUCGGCCGGAGAUUCGGAUGGUCCGCGUGCCUAUGGAGAACUCUCUAGCUUCGGGACUCGACAUUAUCAAAUUGUUCCCUUCCGCCAACGAUGUCUCUGAUGCUGAGAUGGUUCCAUGUCUAGUCUAUAGUGGAUCCCGCAACCGAACCAUGACUGUUUUGGAUGUAAUAUCACGCGCGCGGGAAACUCCUGGAAGCACCAUGGUGCCAAAUAGCUCUUGUGCUAGGCGGUUCCACUCUUGUACUGGCGAUGAGGAUAAAAUCACAACGGUCGAUGAUUUCGCCGAAGCGAAGUAUCCGGUGAUAUCGUGUACCAUGGCGCUGGGGCUGGGCCAGAACUGGAAACAAGUACGCAUGGUGGCCCACAUGGGCCGCGGGGAUCCGGCUUCCAUUUGUCAGAUGAUCGGUUGUUGUGGGCGUGAUGGAAAGCCGGGGUUGGUGGUGAUGUUUGUGGAGAAGAAUCGGCGCGGCGGUAAAAAUCGAUUGGAUCAAUUCACCCGUGGGGCCGCUCAGAACGACCUGGAUCGAAUGGAUGCGCUGGCUAUCACACCAGUCUGCCUCCGGGUGGCAUUUUCUUUGGAUAACAAGCUUGGCUAUGUCCCACUGUGGGCAGACGAUCCUGAGUACCUCAAAGAGCUAGCGAGAGAAAAGCAGCUGGGGAUUCCGGCUUGCCAAUGUUCCAAUUGUGCGCCGCUGGCGACUGUAGUGACUCAGAGGGGUGUAAGCGUAUAUAUUACCGGUAGGUGUGGCCCGGAGGAGACGGGUGUAGUCUCCUCUGGCUGGCUGAGCCGCAGCCGAGUCGCACCAUGUGACCUAGGUCACAACACCCACCCCCUCGGCAAGGCUCCAAGACACCUGCCGGGGAGGCCCUAA